AUGCCUAAACCUCGCGCACGUGACCACAUUCGAGGCAAUCGACGUCAAUCACCAAGAGAAGAAGAAGAAGCAGAAGCAGCAGCAGCAGUGGCCUUCCAAUUCAAACAUCACAAUCAACAGCCUGAAAAGCGUCGAACAAAGAAAAGAAUGAAUCAGAAUCCUCCUGUUUUUACAAACAAAUUUCAAAACUUAUUGAGUUUUGCAUUUGAAAAUGUAGACAAUGAGCAAAAACUACCACCGAAACGCACGAAUGAGACGUCGUCAUUGGACCUUCUUAGUACUAUUGAAGUAAGAAGCAAGAUCGAUGAUAGUCCAGAACAUACAUUGGCUCAGCUAGGGCUUGGCAGUUAUGAUGAUGAGGAGGAGGAGGACGACGACGACGACGCGUUCUUAAAACGACAGCCCAAACAUCCACGACAAAAACUGGAAAAGACCAAAUUGUUUUCAGGUCAUACAGAUCCAUCCACAGUGUUGGCAGCACUCGGUAUUCCUUUUAACGGAGAAGGCACUGAUUGUGUGGAACCACCACGUAUUACUGGUAGUCGCAAGGCCAUCAAGAUGAAUACAAAGCGAAUAAAAGGAACACGCAAUUUGCUCAAGAAUUUUCAGUUUGAAAACAGCAUCUUCGACUCGGAUUCGGAUCUAUUUGGGGAUAUCAAUUGGAAAGACUCGGAGGAUCGUGAGCGACGUCGUUUUCAAAGAGAGCAACGGAAGGAGAUUAAGCGUAGACCAAAAGAGGAGCUACCUGCGCAGGAAGUAGAGAUUCCGACGUCACUUACCGUCAAAGAUCUUGCCGAGCGUAUGAGUGUCAAGACUCGCGUAAUAUUUCGCGCUCUAAAGGACUUGGGUGAGAACGGGCUUAAUGAAGAAUCGAUGCUGACUAGUGAUAUUGCCGAGCUGGUGGUCGACUCACAGAACAUGGUCCCGGUGUUGCUACCGCCUGACUUUGUCGAUCUAGAACUGACAGUGCCGCCUGAGGAUUGCGCAAGGUUUCCUAUUCGUCCACCUAUUGUUUCGGUAAUGGGCCAUGUUGAUCACGGCAAGACCACGUUGCUGGACGCCCUACGUAACUCGAAUGUCGCAGCGACGGAAGCCGGUGGAAUUACACAGCGAAUUGGUGCAUUCUCAGUAGAUAUGGGCAAGAAGUUUGGCACACAAGCAAAGGUCACAUUCAUCGACACACCUGGUCAUGCGGCAUUUAGCAACAUGCGGUCAUGUGGUUCCGAGCUCACGGACCUGCUCGUGCUUGUGGUAGCUGCAGACGAUGGUGUUCGCCCGCAGACAGUGGAAGUGGCACGACUGGCACUAAAAUACAAUGUGCCACUCGUGGUAGCAGUGACGAAGAUGGACAUGCACGAACACGACAAGAACGAGGUAGCCAAACGUCUUGGAACGGAGCUAUUGAAUCAGGGGAUUGUGAUUGAGAGCAUGGGAGGAGAAACACCUAUGGUCUGUGUAUCGGGAAAAACCGGUGAGGGCCUUGACCAGCUCAAAGAAACCAUUGCUCUCCAUGCUGAAAUGCUAGACCUGCGUGCCGACACACAGGUAGCGGGCGAAGCGGUCGUUCUUGAGGCGAUUGUGGCACGAGGUGUUGGUACUCAAGCAGAUGCAAUUGUUAAGUGGGGCACGCUGAAGCAAGGUUCUUUUGUAGUGUGCGGAUUAGAGUACGGAAAAAUUCGUGCUCUCGUCGAUCAGACGGGAAAGCGUGUAAAGCAGGUGGCCCCAGGUCACCCAGUGCGCGUGAUUGGGCUAAAGGGGUUGCCUGAAGGUGGUGCUGCAUUGCUGUCGGUGACAACAGAAGACCGUGCGAAGGAGGUCGUGAUGGCGCGUCAGGCCAUGAUUGACUGGGAUCAAAUGGCAAGGGCUGAAGACGAAGAAGUGGAAAUUCAUCAUGAUAAUGACAGUGCCCCGAGGCGUCGUCGUCGUCUUGGAGGGCAUCGAAAAUGGGAGCAAGUGGAAUUACGGAGACGUAAGGCUGCAGAAGAAGCUAAGCGCGUCGCAGCUUUGAAACCCGGAGAUGAAGGUUAUAUCGCAAACUUGGUUCCCAUUAUCGUCAAAACGGACUCGGUGGGUGUUAUUUCUGCAAUUGAUGAACUUAUUGCAUCCUUGCCACGCGACGAGGCAGCGAUAAAGAUUAUAAUGUCUGAUGUCGGACCUGUUACUUCCUCUGAUCUUGCAAUGGCCCAAGCUACCGGUGCUACUAUCUACUCAUUCAAUGUCAAGCAUCCAGCCUCUAUUGAUCAAGAAGCACUGCACAAAGAAGUUACGUUACGUCAGCAUCGCGUGGUGUAUAGUCUGCUGGACGACAUCAAGGAAUUAUUGCAGGAUAACCUCAAGGGUGUGGUUGUGCACGAAGUGAUCGGCUCAGCUGAGGUGAUCCAAUCCAUCCCCAUUUCGGCAUCGGGGACCCGAAGUACGAACAUUGCUGGUUGUAGAAUCACUUCUGGGUCACUUAACAUGCAGGCAAAGUAUAGACUGGUGCGUGACGGUGAAACAAUCGUUGAGAACGUGGAUAUGGCGUCGAUGCGUCACUUUCAACAAAAGGUGGCCGAAGUGAACAAGGGUCAAGAAUGUGGACUUCAGCUUGCAGGCAUGGACGACUUUCAGCCUGGCGAUGUACUUGAGGGGUAUACUACAAAGGUGGUAAAGCCUGAGAUCUAG